GUAUAUCCCAAAACCAAAUUUGGUAUUCAAAACAGGUCUUUUUCAARCAAACUGUAUUCUAAUUAUGAUUGGCUUGAAUAUAGUGUGAGGAAAGAUUUGGUAUUUUGUUAUUUUUGUCGAAUAUUUGGUUUGGGAAAUUAUAAUGAAGACACUGACACUUUCACUACUAAGGGGUUUCAAAAUUGGAGAAAAAUUAGAGAGAAGUGUAACUCACAUUCUUCUUCAAAACAACACUUGAUUAACAAGACAAAGUAUACUUCUUAUUUGUCAAGUAAAUCCAAAGGUAGUGUAGUCUCUAAGCUAUCAGAAGGACAUCAAAAAGAAGUAAAUGAAAAUCGAGAAUACUUAACAAAACUAAUUGAAAUUUUGUUAUAUUUGAGUCGCCAAGGAAUCCCACUUCGGGGCCACUUUGAAGAUAAAGACUCUUUGAACCAAGGAAAUUUCAAAGAGGCUUGUCAUUUACUAAAAAAAUUUGAUCAACAAUUUGCCAAAAAAUUUAACUGUACAACUAAUUAUUCCAGUUGGUCAAUUCAAAACCAAAUUUUAAGUAUUUGUGCUCAAAUGGUUAGAGACAAAAUAAUUUUAGAAGUACAGAAAAAUGGAUUUUUCGCUUUAAUGAGUUUCAAAGGUGAGCAAAUGUCUGUGUGUUUAAGGUAUGCUAAAGAUCUCGAUAUACACGAACRGUUUUUGGGAUUCUUAGAAGUUUCUAAAGGUCAUGACGCAGACUUUCUCGCUACAAUGAUUUUGAAUUUUUUACAAAAAUCUAARAUAGGAGAUUCUCAUGUUAUUGCCCAAUCACAUGACGGAGCUAGUGUCAUGUCUGGCCAUUUGGGRGGCGUGCAAGCAAAAAUUAAAAAUAAAUUCCCUACAGCAAUUUAUACACAUUGCAUGGCGCAUAGAUUAAACUUAGUUGUUGUAGAUAUGUGUAAAAAUAUCAAAAAUCAGAAGUUGCAAGAAGUUCAAAAGGAGUUAGGCAUGAAAAAUAAAACUAUGAUCCAUAUGUCAGAUACACGUUGGGUAUGUAGAUAUAAAAACUGUGACGCUGUCAUUACAAAUUUUGCUGCUAUUUUACAAAUAUUACAUGGAGAGAUUGAAGAAAACUCGGAUAGGAAUGUCAGCCAAGCUAUUG